AAAACCCCCCCCACCCACCACCCCAAAGUCAGUGGGGAAACAGACCUUAACCCCCAUCCCCAUCCCCAGCUCCAGGGAAGGGAUGGAGGUGAGCAAGAGCCCUGGAGGCGGAGGCCAGCUCGGGAAUGAUAACCUGUCAGAGCAGCUGGAGUGCAGCACCGAACUGGGAGUGAGUUCCUGUCGUGGUCAGGCUGAAAAAUCCCUGGGACAGGCUGACUUCCAGCCCCGGAGAGGCUUUAACCGCAGUCAGAGUCAUAAUACUAACCUGGUAGAACAGCAGAAGAGUACCACUGACCCAGGAGGGGGCUGUUGCCAUACUCAGGGUAAUGAUACCCAGGGACAGGCUAACUCCCAGCUCCAGGGAGGUUGCAACCACAGCCAGAGUAAUAAUACUGACCUUGAAGAGCAGCAAAAGAAUAAUACUGACCUAGGAGAGAAUUACUGCCAUAAUCAGGAUGUUAAUAUCCUGCGACAGGCUAAUUCCCAGCUCCACGGAGGCUUUAACCAUAGCCAGAGUAAUAAUACUAACCUGGGAGAGAAUUACUGUCAUAAUCAGAGUAUUAAUACCCUGGAACAGGCUAAUUCCCAGCUCCAGAGAGUCUUUAACCACAGUCAGAGUAAUAAUACUAACCUGGGAGUGAGUUCCUGCCAUAGUCACUGUGGUAAUUCCCUGGGACAGGCUGAUUUCCAGCUUCAAGGAGUCUUUAACCACAGUCAGAGUAAUAAUACUAACCUGGGAGAGCAGCAAAAGAUUAAUACUGACCUAAGAGAGGAUUAUUGCCAUAGUCAAGGUAAUAAUACCCUGGGACAGGCUGAUCCCCAGCUCCACGAAGGCUUUAACCAUAGUCAGCCUGAUAAUACUGAUCUAGGAGAGCAGCAAGAGAAAAAUACUGACUUGGGAGUGAAUUACUGCCAUAGUCAGGGUAAUAAUACUCUGGGAGAGAUGCAAGUUGGUAAUCCCCCUUUCAGGGGGGACCACCCCCAUCAGCUAGUGAAUAUUGACCUGGGAGCAGGCUACUGUCACAAUCAGAGUGAUAAUACCCCAGGAAAAGAUGAUCAGGGAGAGAUGGAGGUUAGGAAUACCUCUCUGUGUGGAGACCAGCCUCGCCAGCUAGAGAAUAAUACUGAGCUAGGGGUGGGCAGCUUCUGCAGUCAGGGUAAUAGCCUGGGAGACCAGCAAGUGAAUAAUAUUAACCAGGCAGUGGGUUGCUGUCAGGACACUAACUCUCUGAGCGAGAGUAAUGCCACUCUUGGGGGAGACCAACUCUGCCAACAGGGGAACAGUACUAAUCUGGGAGAGGGCAACUUUUGCAGUCAGGAGAAUGAUACCCCAGAAGAGGAUGACAAGUAUAGCCCAGGCAGUGGAGACCAUCCGUGCCAGAGAGAAAUGGAGAUAAUCGGUGACCAGACCGGGAUAAUGGUUAACAGCAGGUUGGGAGCAAUCGAAGCUGAGGAAGAGAUUGUUCACAUGCACAGUGGGAAAGGUAUGAGAGGGGGAACUGGCGAUUGCCUGUUAGAAACUGAGACGAAAGGAGAUCCUGAGGAAGAGAGAAGGCAGGAGAGAGCGCUGGCGUCGGCAGCUGAUAGAGAAAGCCGAUCGGAGAUUGGGAGAAACGGGCUGGCACCAGAGGAGUGUGUGGCAGGAAUCGGUGUAUCCACACAGGAGCUAGAGAGAGGAUCAAAGGGAGGAAUACACCAAGAACAAGGGAACGAUAGUGACGGAGGCAAGGAUGUGCUGACAGAGAAAACAGCAGAAAGGGGGCAAGAGGAGGGAAUAAACCAGGAGCUCCGAGCGUCCGGGGUCAAUUGUGUGGCAGAGGAAUGCAUGGUGGAGGAAAAUCGCCUUGAGACCGGGGCAACGGAAGAAAAGGAGAGAGGGCAGAACAUGUCUGCAGCACAGAUGAGAGAUAAAUUAACACAGUGUGUGUCAACAGAGACAAGGCUGCAGGAAGUGAAAAUUGAAGCAAUGCAGAAACGAGAGCAAAACACAAGCAACAGUGAAAGCAGCAAAGAGAUGGGCAGUGAUGGGAGCUGCCAAAAUCUGGAUCAGACUGUGGUGCAGCAGAGGGAUACCAACACGACUGGUCAGGCCGCUGAGGGGCAAGACGCCAGCCUGGGGAAAGCGAAUUUCAAAUUGAUUUUGGAAGUGGAGAGCUCUGCAGACCAGCAGCUGAAGGAGGACUGCAGGGCAACGGAAUUAGACAGCAAGGGGCCUUUACCCACGGCAACAGGGACUGCCAGGCAGCUGAUGUCCACUUCAGCCUGUGACAGUUGCUCUGAGCAUUCUGCCUCCCCCCGGAUGCGUUUGGAUUUGCUCUCCCCUCUUGGGCAGGACAUGGCCCAUCCUCUCUCAUUGACUCCCUCCUCUCCAGACCAAGCCGGCGAUUCCACCUCGCUCUCGCCUUCGGUAGACAGCCGGGCAAAGCAAGGCGUGAAGCGGGUAACCUUUCCCUCGGACGAGGCCAUCGUCUCUGGAGCAGUGGAGCCUAAGGACCCCUGGAGACAUGCCCAGAACGUGACAGUAGAGGAGAUUAUUGCUGCCUACAAGAUGGCCUGCCAGAAGCUGAACUGCAAACCGAUUAACAAGCUGCUCAAACAGAUCCAAGAGUUUAAGGAACUGUCUCAGAGGUUGGACUGCUUGGAUCUAAAAGGUGAGAAACUGGACUACAAAGCUUCUGAAGCCUUGGAAGAGGUUUUCAAACGUGUCCAGUUUAAACUGGUGGAUUUGGAGGCAACCAACCUGGAUGAAGAUGGUGCAUCAGCGUUGUUUGAUAUGAUAGAAUAUUACGAGUCAGCGACUCAGCUCAACAUCUCAUUUAACAAACACAUUGGGACUCGAGGGUGGCAGGCUGCAGCCCACAUGAUGAGAAAGACCAGCUGCUUGCAGUACCUGGAUGCAAGGAACACACCUCUGCUCGAUCACUCCGCACCCUUUGUAGCUCGCGCUUUGAGGAUUAGCAGCAGCCUGGUGGUACUGCAUCUGGAAAAUGCCAGCUUAUCAGGGCGACCACUCAUGCUCUUGGCAACCGCAUUGAAGAUGAACAUGACGCUGCGAGAGCUGUUUCUGGCUGAUAACAAAUUGAAUGGACUGCAGGACUCGGCACAGCUGGGAAACCUCCUGAAGUUCAACUGCACCAUCCAGCUGAUGGACUUGCGCAACAACCAUAUUCUAGACUCGGGCUUGGCAUACAUUUCUGAUGGAUUGAAGGAGCAAAGGCAGGGUCUGGUGACCUUGGUUCUGUGGAACAAUCAGCUGACCCACAACGGAAUGACUUACAUGGCAGCUGCACUGCCCUACACACUGAGUUUGGAGACAUUAAAUCUCGGCCAUAAUGCUAUAGGGAAUGAAGGCGUACACAAGCUAAAAGAUGGACUGAUUGCAAAUCGAUCAGUUCUACGAUUAGGGCUGGCGUCUACAAAACUCACCUGUGAAGGUGCUGUGGCCGUGGCGGAAUUCAUUGCUGACAGUCCCCGCCUCCUCCGACUGGAUCUGCGUGAAAAUGAGAUCAAGACUGGUGGACUUAUGGCCCUCUCGCUAGCCCUCAAAGUGAACCAUUCCCUACUGAGGCUGGACCUGGACAGGGAACCCAAGAAAGAAACCGUAAAGAGCUUCAUCGAAACUCAGAAGGCUCUCCUCACGGAAAUCCAAAACGGCUGUAAGAGGAACUUCAUCUUAGCAAAGGAGAAAGAGGAGAAGGAACAGAAGAUGCAGCAGUCUGCAUCAAUGCCCGAGAUUACCAUGAUGGUCUGCGAUAACAAGGAGGAGCCCCAGAGGAGCCAGGCCCACUCAAAGGUGGAGGAAACGGCAGAUGGAUCGAGAAAUGGAGUCCCCCAAGAAAGUGUACCGUCUGUAACCGGAAAUACUGAAGAAAUGGGCAGUGUCAGUGAGUCAAGUGUUACUCCCUCUUCUGUGGAAUGUAAUACGCAGCCGGCAGCGCAGGACGAGCCAAAGAGGAGACUGACACCACCAAGUGUGGUAGGAAUGCCAAGCCCAGGAAAACAGCAGCUUCAACAGCAGGACCCUUCUGAAACCCCUUCUGGAAAGGAGUCGGUCACAGAAGAUGAUGUGGGUGAUGGGAGCAGCCCGGCAACUGUUGGUGAACAGGCAACACAGAUUGUUUCUGAAUUAAAAUCCCCGGGGCUUGAGAGCCCAGUAUUUGUCAGCUCACCGAUUGAGAUCGCGUCAAGAGGCAACGAGCGGCUAGUGUCCAGUCCAGGCAGGGGACACAAAGUCUUCUUAGUGACCAGAGUGGAAAGUCCACCAGAAAACCCUAGUAACCAGGACCUGCAAUGGCUGAACAAAGCACUGCAAAGCAGAAAGAACGGGAUCUCCAAAAAAGAGACAGAAUCCUCGUCGGAGCCUUUGCCUUGCUCAGCGUCAGACACUCCGACAACUUUGACUGUUCCGGCCCCUGCUUCAGAUGGUAGCUCCCAGUCCGGGAGCCCAUCGGACCUGGACAGAGGGACAGAUAACUCUGGACACGACUUUGAGACAGUCUGUGCUAAAGACUGCGAUCACACGAUACGUGGGACUGCCUUACCAAAUGGACUGAAAGUGGAGCUUGUACAGAGACUGCCUGAGCCGACACUGCUAACCACAGGCAAAGAUGGCAAAGCAGUGAACUGCAACAUUGAGCAUGAGUUUACAUCCCCCAAAACCGAAAAGGAGCUGGAGGAAUUAUUGCUGGAAGCGAGCCAGGAGACAUGUCGUGAAACAUCGUGAGAGUGAGCCAUGUCUUUCGGGUCCUGCUGAAUAUACUGAGGCUAUCCUUGAAGAUACCCCACCCCUUUCAACACCACACAAAAGAUGUAUUUUCCCUCUUGCCCUCUCCUUGCUGCUCUCUCUCGCUCUCUGAUUGGAGCAGGGGCCAUCAGAUUGUUCACUGUAGAUCCACUUCAUUCAUCGCCAUACCAUUCCAUCUCACCUCCAGGGAAAGGAUUUCUGUGACCCGACUUCGGUUGGGGUACAAACCAAAGAAAGCGCCACCCAGGAAAAGUUAGAUUGCCAUUGGACCCUGUCAGAUGGGAGUGGUGCCUCGCUGCUGGGGCAGAGACCACCUUGACACGAGAGAUGUGCCCAGGGUCACAGUCUGUGACUGGAAUCUGAAACUCUAAAAGAGACUGUGAAAGUGUUACUUGUGCUAUAGACUUUCGCCCUGAUAGUGCGUGCAUUGUAACAGGGCUGGGAUUAACUUUUAUGUACCAGUAAAACUACAAGUAGAAUGUCCCUUCCCUCUUAAUGUUUUUGCUAGUGACCUCAGUCACGAGCAAGGGGUGGGUCCAAUAUUCAAGAGACCACACCCUACAGCCCCCCCGCCCUGCCCCUGCAGACCCUGACUAUUGUUCCUCACUGCGAUCUCUCCUGAUAGUGAAAGGAUUUGCAUUGAAGACCGGUGGGAAGAAAAUCAGAAACACUCAACAGAUCAUUUUCAGCCCUAAUACUGUUUGUGUUGUAGUUUGUCAGUGAGAUUUUUUAUUUUGAAUUAGAUGCUAUUUAUUUUUAGUCGUGAUGUUUAUUGACGUCAGGUUAAUAAGUGGCUGUGUGGAGUUUGCUCGAGGAGCUGCAGUUUUAAUGCUCUAAUUUUAAAGCAACUUUUGAGUCAGCAGAACGAUUGUGCCUAUUGGAAAAGGCAUCAAAAGUCCCUCUGGACCUACUUAGCUGCAUCUAGGCAUUACUGACGUUGGCAACUGGAGAUUAACACUAAUUUAACUAGCUGAAUUCUAGAAAAUUUGGUCAGUGACACUAGACAUCUUCCCAACCAUUUAGUAAAAAUAAGUCAAUCCCUAGGGGUUUCAGUAUCACGGAGGUUAAACGCAGGGGAUGGGAGGUUGAAGAUGAUGAAAGCUACUUUAAUAAUUAUUCCUGCUAAAUUGCCAGACAUGCCCAGUGGUGUCUAACAAUUUGCAAAAUCUUUUCCAGCGACCAAGACACUUUUACUUCCUCAGUUUGACCUGCACUGCAGCAUGGAAACAACAAUCGGUGUCCUUUUCAGCAGAAAUAACCCAUCGAUGCAGACGGCAGCUGAAAUUUGACUAAAAUUUGCACCAAAGAAGUGGGUUGUUCUGCUCUUUGUGGCUCACCCUUUUCACUGUUUUUCUGAUCUGCACCUUUAAUUAGUGUUCAGAGCAGUGCUAAAAAUUGUCACGUGAAUUGAUGACUGCUCAGAGCCAGAGCAAUAUAAUAGUCCCCUUCCUUCCUCCAAGCCUUUGCCUGGCAUCCAGCAGUGCUCUUGGAGCAGUGUGGAGAGGGCCUCCACUUUUCCCUCUCUUUUCUAUCUGAUUAUGCAGGUAAUUGAUUCAGAAUCGAUAUACUUAGCAUGUGCUGAAAUAAAAACGCAAAAUGCUAGGGGAAAAAAAAAUCGCCACGCAUCAGUCGCAUUUUUAAAUAGAACAGGCAGGUUAUGAGUUUCCUUUACGUCCUCUUCAUCAGCCAGUACAGAUGCUGACUGACCGGCUGUUUUAUUUCUAACGUUUUCUUGUUUUUAAACUUCAAAUUUCCAACAUCUCUGCUUUAUAUUUUGCUGUGUGCGGUCCCUCAAUCCUCAAGGAGGAGAAUAAAGCACACUGCCACAGCACUAUGAUAAUGAUGUCCUUAUGCAUAAUCCCAAUGCAGCUGCUUGCCUGGUGAGGAUGAUAGUCCACCCAGUGGGAAUCUCCACAUGUCAGGAGCAGUGCUGAUCCUUAAAAUUCCAUUUAGCAAUUUGUCUUAAAUCCACUUGCCCCACCAAGCUGGUUUUUAUUCUGUUCUCUGUCUGUCCUCUUUAUACCCCCUAAAUAAAAGCCCAAGAGAUGAACACUAUCAUGAGCGGGAGAAGGGAAAGACUGGUUUACUGUUCUUGGAUAGAACUGACAGGGAAAGCAAGAAACUGCUUGCUUUGAUGUUGCUCAGUGCUGCCCCUGGGUACGAAAUCACACGCUAUAGAUUCACACUUCAGCCAUCUCCCUCCCGUGUCAAAUCUUCACAGUGAAGCCUGAGCAGAUUGCCUUACUGGGACAGGGUAACUGAACUGAAGCAAUAAGUGUUUUUGAUUGCUCCCCCUAUUGCAAAGGAUGAUUGGGGGAUGCAAGAAGACCAUUUGAAGUUUCUCAAUGUAAAUUGAGGCGAUCUUAUCCGGCACUCACUGUCAUGUGGGGGUAUCCCAUCACAGUACCUCAGAAUUGAUUAUGUUGGGGGGGAUGGGAGCCUUCAGAAUUAAUUUCAACGUCAACGUUUUUCAGAACUUCUCUUUGAAUCGAUAACUCACAAAAAGCAAACCUACUUAGGUUUAAAAGGUACAGCGGUCAAAUUGUAUCUCGUCACCUACCUGGAAUGGGCAGAUUGUGCAAAGAAUUGCAGGCGGAUUCUGUUAGGUGCAGUGGGGACUAGACUGGGUUAGGAGUGGGAUAUUCCCGAUUCUACCUUGGUGUUUCCACUCGCCGUGUUACUACUACUCCCUCCCUUACAAAGGGAGAGGCUUUUCAGCCACGAAAGCAAGAGUCAGGAAAUAUUACUCAUAACAGAAAGAUGUGAACUCUGCUGGAACACAAUUAGGAGUAACUUUUUUAAAACUCGUUAUACAAAAAAAAAAUGUGCAUUCAAGGUUUCAGACAGGCUGCCUGGGUUCCCUUCGGCAUUAAUUCAUUCAGGCUUUUGAUUACUCCAGAAUGGGAAUUGUCCUUUUUGGAACUUUGAGAAGGCGAUGCCAGCAUGCUGUGUGAAUAUCUGUUGUGUCCGUGCAUUUUAACCUCCGUUGUGUCUCAGCUGGGUAGAGUUUAUGUGGGGAAAUCCUUUUCUGAUUCCUUCCCCCGAGAAUAGGAUGCACAUUCGGAAACCAUGUCGUCCACCUCCUGAAGUUUGAAGUUUACUAAGAUUCCUGCGUUGGUUGUUCCCUCUGAGUGUCUAGCAAUGGCCAACAAAACCUUCUGAGGUAGCAGCUGAAAGUCUGCCUACGAAGGUCAUCCCAGAAGCGGUCAUUUUAUCUUUGAGAGCUACACAAGAAACUCGAGGAGUAGAAGUACAAGUUGUCACUGCCCUCGGAUGUCCCACUUGGAUAAAUGUUGUCCAGGUCAUCGAUUCCAAGCACUGGAGGAUGAGACUAACGUAGGCUUUAGUUAAAUCACAGGAGGACGAAGGUGCAAACUGACUGCCUCAAAGACUUACAACAAUUGUGAUGUGCAGCCAAUGGUACGAAGUGGCAUGUGACUACCCCCACCCUCCACUUGAGCUGUGACCAGUGCUUUAAGGGUGGCAGUGGUGAAAAACUGAGGGAGGAUGGAAGUGAGGAGAGGGGCAGAUCCUAAAGCAUGCAAGCACGUCCUCAUUUUGUAAAAGAGUAUAAAUAAUACCUGUUUUGUGGGAAGGACGGGUGGAGGAGGGGGUGAGGGUGUUUCUCCAUGACUAAUCCAAAUUAAACGGGAGGAUGGCAUUAUCCCUGAGGAGUGUCAGAAUCCAAACGUUCUCUAAAAGUGCAAUAAAUGUUUCAGGGCAGUGCAUCAAGACUUACUGCAUGCAAGUUACAGCAAGAUAUGUAUAAAUUAAUGCUGUAACUUCCAGACGCUGAGGUGCAGAGAAUCUGAUUUAUAGUCUAACACUAUGUAUAGAGAUGAGCGUGAACUGGUAGCGCUGGGCUUCUUCACGUUUUGUUUCCUGAUGUUUUCUCAGUCAGAGGUUUGUUGUGAUAAUAAUUGUGUUUUUUUUUUGCAGUCUCUGUUUGUUGUGGCAACUCUUGUACACGUUGUCUGUCUUAGAGAUGUUGGUUCAGGCUCACCCCUGCCUAAAUGGACUGGGGUUAGCGGGUUGGGGAGGGGUGGGGGGGUUGCUAAGGCGGGUAGGUGGUUCGUGUGCACAUCCUGGCAACUGUCAUUGAAUAAUUGGAGCCCGGACAAUGAUUCCUUUUCAUUUCAGUGGGUUUCCUUUUUUUGUUUUGUUGUUAGAAAGGUGAAAGAGGAGUUGUCCACAGUAUUGGAUACCCUCUUGUCACAGGUGAAGCAAUUCGUACUGGUCUCUGGUGCCCAAAGUCCCAUUGUUCAAGUCCCAAACAAGAAUGCAAAUAUUCAUGCAAAAACAAAAACUCAUGUUGCUAUUCCAGCCUUUGAGAAUGACACUCGGGAGUCCGCACCUGAAGUGCAGUGCUGGGGAUACAGCGGCUUAAAGUCAGCUGUUUGCUUUGUAACUGAUGAGAAUGAGUUGAUAAUCCUACUGGGUAAUGCUACCGCUACCUAUUUCAUGUCCCUGUUUCACAGGACAGGCUGAGUCUGGUUUCCAUUUCAGAAAUUUCCGAAACUGUACAGCAGGUCCAAACCCAGACAUGCUGUAUAAAUGGAAUACACUCUGGGACUCGCCUCAUUAUAAGGUGCCUAUUUAUUUACAGCUGUCUAUCGAUGGGCUAUGCCACUCCCAUUCUCUUUUGUAAAUCCUGAGAGACUGAUGUGUUUCCUGAUCUGAUCGGCAAAUGUAACUGAUGUAGAUGUUUAUGAUAACGACGCUGAUAUAGGGGACUGGGUGGGCUUGUCCUUUAAGUGAACCGAAUGGCUGUUAGUUUUAAGAGAAGCAAUUUUGUUUUUUUGGAAGGAGGGUGGAGAAGCUAAUUUAUUCUGUGGCUGUGCUGUUAGCAUUCAAGCCACAUGUUUGGAUCUACAACAGUAACCUUUUUAAAAACUCAUUUUGAGGCCCUCGACAGAUAAGUGAACUGCAUUGUUUACCACUAAGCUGUACCAGACCUGGAAAAUCCAAUCCCCAGCUGGGACAGCAGAAGGGGUUCCACAUCGGUAUCAGCACCCUGGCUGGGGUGCAGAAGUAUCAGACACGGUUGCCAGUUCUCUUGGCCCCCAACACCCAGUGACCAGGAGGGCGGGCUGGGUGAGGACAAGUGUUGUGCAGAGAAUCUGAUUUGUCCUGCUCUGGGGCACUCUGUCUAAUGCUGAGUCUAGAAUGACCCAAGGGUUGGCAUUGAUCAUAGAGCUGGGUGGCAGUAAGAGUCAACACCUUUGCUCCGUGCAAAGGGAGGAGCCAAAAAGCAGAAUUUUGUUCGCUGGCUGUUAACAGUUUGUUUAUAUUCAAUAUGGGUCUGAACAGCACUGACUGUUUCUUCCUGUAAGGGAGAGAGAUGCACACACACCUGUAAGCAAGGUGAAUACAGCCAGUAGGCACCCACUGAAAUGAAUAGGAGGGGAUGUGACUUGGGACACUAAAAUUUAUUGGGAUCUCUAAAUCGUGUAGUAGUUGUAUGAUCAGGAAUCACAGUAAUUGCGAACGCUGAAAACAGAAUGGGGGCCAGGGAGAGUAACAAAGAUUUUCUACAAAAACAAUGAUGACUUUUGCCAGGAUUGGUGUUGGGGUAUAGGAUGGUGAGGGGGGAGGGGAAGGGAACAAUUGUCCUCGGCAUGACAAUUGGUGGUGAUUUCUGAUAAUACUGCUUUUAAAUGACUGUUAUACCAUGUGAGAGUUAUUGGGUGGAAACGAUGGCCCUCCCAGUGUGGGGAGUGCAUCAGAUGUGAUGCUGCUGCCAGCAGAUUCUGAGCAGAGAUGGUUGUUUUCCCCCUUUCUGCCAAGCAACACAGUCCAGUAUUCUGGACAAGAGGCAACACCGACUUCAUCCUCAUAUUCCUGAUCCCACAAAAUGUUUUUCUUUUUCAAUAACACCAGUAGGAGAUUCCUGGUAAUCAGCUCAUGUCCCCAAUUUAAAUGACCUUUUGCUAUGUCAGUGAUUUCCUUGCAGGAUCUGCCCCUAACAAUGCUCGCUGAGUGAACAUGGAUAGAGGUUUCUCAAACUGUUGCACAAAGAUGGAGGAAGAUGGUGUGAUCCAGGAACAGGAUUCUCCCUGUGUACUGAUGGGUACGGAUGUGAAUUGAGAUGUAUUGAUUCCACAGCUAAAAUAAUUUUCACAAAGGAAAAUAGGACUGAUAACUACUUAGAAUUCCUAUCGCUCCUAGACCAAUAAUUCCCUCUUUUUUUUCCAGCUCCGGAUUUGGAGUGAAUUGGAGGCUCAGGAAACUGGGGCUAGACCUGCUUCAGAAACCAGGCUAAAAUGCUUUUCCCUACUGGGCAGGUGUCUAUAGGUUGAUUUACUCUCUCCUCUUGUGCAGAUGCCAACUCUGUCAAAGUGCAGUCUCACAGUUGCUGGUAGGUCUCAGUACUCUGAUCAAGCGGAUAUCUGUUCUCCGUCCCUCCGUGACCCUUUGUGAUGCUCGACACUGAACCUCGGUGGGCUGCUUUACUUAGUGAAGCAUUAGAGCAAAGUCUAUAGAGUAGCACGCUUAAGUCAGUAUACAGUAACCAGGAGCAUGGUGGAUUCUGGUUGACAGACCUGCUCUGAUUCUAGAUGCUCUCAGUUGCUAUCCAAAGUGCUUUUGUGUAUGAAUCUCUGACCACUUUUCCCUCAGGAGCUAAAGAAAAACGCUGGCUGUGUGAAUUCUUGCCUCGCCAAAGGACACCCAACAUUUCUGUUUCUUAAUGACAUGGUGGCAACACCAUUCACUAGACUUGGCCACUUUGCACAGCUGCAGUAUCUGGUAUUGCAGCAAGGCCAGGAACCAUGCUGGGAAGAAGUCCAACUUCUGUUCCCAUGUGUGUCUCUCUCUCUCUUUCUCACUCUCUCUCCCCCUCUCCCUGUGUGUGCGUGUCUAACUCCAUAUCUAACUUUCUUCCAUAUUGGUUGAUUGAUUGGUUGGCAAGUCAACUCUGAUUGGCCGAGGUGCUGCCGGGAGCCUUUGGUUCCCCGUUGCUUUCUCCUCAACCAAUCAGCACCCUUGUCUCCUAUGGUAUAAAUCGUAGUGAUCAUUUGAAAUUUGGUAUUCUUACAUUUGUCCUGAUGAGUGCACGACAAAAAGCUUUGGCAACAAGUUCUUUCUUCAGCAAGAUUUCAAAAUUCUCAAUUUUGUCCCAUCAUGCAUAAUUGAUCUUCCACUUUAUGUCCCUCUGGCCUUCCAAUUUAAACUUGCACCACCAUAAAUUGCCCUAACCAUUUCAUUGGCAGGUAGGACCAAAGCAGCAGCCUGUUUGCUGUGAUUAUUAUUGCCUUCCCUGGCCUGAGAAGAGUUUAGACUGACCUUUACCAUGCCUUUUUGUUGACCAUCAGACUGACUAAUGCUGCAAAAUGGUUUUUUAUUUGCAGUGAGGCUCCCUUUCAUUUUUAAUAAUUCCUGGAACGUUAUUUUUUUUUUUCUUUUUGGGGGUAUUUUUAAAGGGAAGGUCGUCUCCCUUUUUAUCACUAACAGUGGAAGCUUUUGAAGGCCUUCUGGAGUCGGUGUUGCUUUUUGUUUGCCAAUGUACCCACAGGUGAUGGAGCAUGCAUCUCUGCCCAUGAUCAAUGUAUGUUGAUGCCUCCUCAAGUAUCUGCACUUGUACAAAAUACUUGAUUAGUCUAUUGAUUCUGGGCAAGUGGACAUAUUUCCACUGAGCCUCUCCAGGCUCUGAAAUGAACCUAGUGCAAUUAUGUGAGUUUUACAGCAUCUUUUGGGUUUAUUCAGAAUCUUGGUUAAUAAGUAAAAAUAAAAAAAGAUUUCUUAAA